AAUCUAUAUAUGAUUAAUCAAAUAUCAAACUUCAAAGACCCUUGUGGUGGAAAAAGAAGAAGAAAUUCCUAGAUUCCAACACCCUCAUUUUUUUACUUACAUGUUGCAAAACAAUGAAAUAAAUGAAUGAAUGAACAAGUAAAGUAAAAGGUUCCUUCACAGUCUUCCCAAUCCAUAUUAAAAACCCAAUCCAUUCUUCCCAAAAACACAAUUCACACUUCAAACAAAAACCCUUUCUCCUUGGAUCCUCUUUCACAUUCCCCAAAAUCCCAAAAAAAAAAAAAAAAAUCAACAACCUCAAAAACAAAUCUUAAAACACAACACAAACCUCAAAAAUACACAAACCUCAAAAAAAUGUCAUCACCUUUCCCUUCUUGUUUCCGCCCCUCUCCAACCAACGACGACAACAACCGUCAUUCACCACCACCUCCACCGCCGCCGCCACAUUCAACUAACCCUAAUCUCGCCACCUAUCUUUUUCAAACUGAUAUAGGUUUAGUUUCUUUGACUUGGUCACGUUCCAUUCUUGGUCGUUCUCUUCAUGUUCAACUUCAUCAUCACCCAUUUGAUUCUCCACCAUCUAACCCUUCUUCUUCAUCUUUAUCUUCUUCUUCUUCUUCUUUUCAGCUUCACAUCAAACCCUUCAUUUUCUGGAAAAAACAUGGAACCAAAAAGCUCUCUUCGAAUACCCAUUUGUUCUGGAAUCUCUCAAAAGCCAAAUUCGGGUCAGGACCCGAACCGAACUCCGGUUUCUACUUUGCUGUUGUUGUUGAUAAUGAGAUGACCCUUUUGGUUGGAGAUUCUAACAAAGAUGCAUAUGCAAAAUCUAAGUCGAAAGAGCCUAAGAAUUUUCAGUAUUUGGUGAUGAAAAGAGAGCAUGUUUAUGCUAACAAAAUCUAUAACACGAGAGCGAGGUUUGGUGGGAAAAUGAGAGAGAUUCAGAUAGAUUGUGGUGGAAGGGAUCAUUCGAAGCUUUGUUUCAGUGUUGAUGGUGAAAAAGUGUUGCAGAUUAAGAGAUUGAAAUGGAAGUUUAGAGGGAAUGAAAGAGUUGAAAUUGAUGGUGUUUCUGUUCAGAUCUCAUGGGAUGUUUAUAAUUGGUUGUUUGUGAAAGAUAAUAGUGAUGGACAUGCAAUUUUUAUGUUUAAAUUCGAAGAAGAAGACGAUGAACAACAGCGCGGUAAAGAUAGGAGUUUGAUGAAUUUAUGGACUCAGCAGAAUAUGAAUUUGGGAUUUUAUGAGAAAAUGGGGAAGAGUUGGUCGUCUUCGUCGGUUUCAAUGGCUUCUUCUGGUGGAUCUUUUGGUGCAAGUUCAUCUGUUUUGGAAUGGUCUAGUGUUGAAGAGAAUGAAUUGGUUGUUCCUGUUGGGUUUUCUUUGCUUGUUUAUGCUUGGAAACGAUGAAUGCGCUCGGCUUAAUGGUGAUUCUGAUUCUGCUUCUGGUUGCAUUUUGUUCUGUUUUUAUGAUUAUGAUGAUUUUAAUUAGACAGUGAUGAUGCUAACUAGUUAUAAGUUUAGAUUUUUAAUUUUGUUACACCCUACUAACUCAAUUGUUUCAUGAACAUAGUGAUUGAAUAAGUGUAGUUUAGAAUUUUGAUGCUUGUGAGAAUUCAAUGAUUUAAUAUUUUAGAUCUAACUGAUUAUUCUUUACAAUGGAGAAGAGAAGAUCAUAGAUAGCAUUAGUUGGAUUUAAGGCCUUUGUAUUUUUUUUUUUAAUUUUACUUUAAGUGUAUUGGCUUAAGGAUUGUGGAACUUGCAAUGCAAUGUGAAUGUCACAUUCUUUUGUAACUCGAAUUGUUUGUUGGAGCUAUCACGUUAUGAAAAUGAGAAUCAUAUUGAUUAUUUCAUGAUCGAA